AUGAAAACUAAUCAUAUUCGACAUUCAACUAGUAUCAUAAAUCUUAAGAAUCAUAUGAAUUAAGCGCCAAAAAGAUUGGCUCUUAAUGCAACUAGUUUAUCAAGAUAUGUUUCAUAAUUUUUAAGCACUUCAAAGGGAAGAGAUAAAUUUAUGGCAUUAUUAUAAUAUACAUUUGAUUUUUAUCAUAGUUGUACUAAACAUUCAAAUUUACUUUAUGUAUAAUAAUUAGUUUCAUAAAAUGAUUUGAAAUGUUUUGUAGUUGCUGAAAAAUUCAAAGAUGUAAUUAAGAUUAUGAUUAAUGUAGAGUAUUUCCUAAAGUCGUAAAAUAUUUAGACUUUUAUUUUUUUUAGAUGAAAUAAAAGGGAUAUAAAGACUUUUAAAAUAGAAUAAGCCACUCUUAUUUAAAAUAUUAGCUAUUUCUGGACAUUAUUCAAGUUUCAUGUACUAUGUAAGUGAUAACUUUUUAUGGAUAAUUGCAAUUUUAGCUUAGAGGUAUGAUAAUAUGAAUAUAAAAUGUUAGUAAAGUAUUAUAAAAAGAAAUAGAAGCCCGUUGGAAAUAAAGGAAAAAUUCUUUUUCUUAAAUGAGAAUAAUUAUCAACAUUUUGAGAUUAAUAAUAUUAAUAAUAUUUAGAGAAAAGUAAAAAUAAAUAAAUUAAGGAUAGUAAGGAGAAUAGAAUAUUGUUAGAGAUGUCAAAAAUAAUGACUUAAGAGACAUCAAAGAAAUUAUAAAACUCUUUAAUAAAAUUAAGAAGGAAAAGAAGAUUUGAGAUAUUGGAAUUAAUAUUAUCUGUUCUUCGAUUUUUUAUGUUAACAAAAUCUUUAAGAAUGGCAGGUUAUUAAUAUUUAGAUCCAGUAUUUGUGGCUAGUAUUAAAAUAAUAUUAUAAUAAUAAUAGGUUGUGGAUUAGUAUCAUCAGGUAUAGCAUUAUUUAAAGCUAUUUAUGAGAAAAGGAUUUUUAUAUAACUUGAUAAUUCAUCAAAGAUGGAAAGUUAAAUAAAUUAGAAGUUAACAAAAGGAUUUUCUAGUUCUGGUAAAAUGGAUGAUUCGAUUAUUUGA